AUGAGCUCGGCAUUGCAGCCAGAUGAGGACUCGAUGAUGUCUUGUGAAUCGAUCGACAAUAUUCUUCCAAUCGCUGACGCGACAGCCGUACUCCCUUCCGACAGUGAAGCGACAAAUGAUGCUCCGAGUGGCACUCUUGGAAAAGCAUCUGCGUCAGUGUCGAUCGACGCUCAACCAGAGACCACCAAUGACAGCACGACUACUCAACCGGAAAAGAAAUCACUUAAUCGGCUUAUCUCUGAUGAUGUCACUUACAGGUUUACCGAACCAAAGGAUCUUAUCGAAUACGAGUGGCCUCCAAAAAGCGGUGAAAAAUGGAUGAUUCAGGAGCAAAUCAGCGAACUUCUGCAAAUAACCGCUUUCAAACGGCGCUACCCGGAUAUCACAGCAAGACAAAUUAGGAAAGAGGAGAAAGAAUAUCUCAUCACCCAACAUAAAGUCAACACUUUGCUCUCCGAGAUGCAUAUGCAAGCUAUGACCGCCUUGAAAGCAAAUGAAGUGCAUAACUUGUUGUGCCGCGAAAAGCCGGAUCUUUAUGCGGAAUAUCAACGUCUCAUCAGCGAGAGAAUGAAAGAGAAAAUGGCCGAAUUGCAGAAAGAAAUGGAUCGGGUUAAAAAAGACCCGAAGUUAUUGGAGGAAUUGCGAAUGAAGUCAAUCAAAAGUGCAAGCGAAUUUAACAGCGAUCUUCAACAGUACAACAAGGCCGAGAGGAAUUGCUUUUGGGAUCUUCAAACAUCGAUCAUUCAAUCAUCAUCCCGAAAAUGGCGACGAUUACCCCCAGUGAUGACAAAGCCGAGUCCAUAUCCUGUUGCCCUGAUUAAUGGUCAAUAUCAGCAUUACUACAAGAAGUUCACAAGCGAAGAGCUGCGUCGUUUGCCACUCGAAUCCGUCAUGGAUGGAACCGAUCUUUUUCCAGUCUUUCGAGAGGCUAGCCCUCCACCAAUCAACGUGAAGGAAGAAGAGUUAUCUAAAACACCAAAUGUUGAAAAGGAAACGAGUUUUCAAUAUGGUGUCCCGCAAACAGUUUUGGCCGCAGCCACCGUAGGAGUUGGUGCAACUGGAACUCCACAAAGAAAAGAAGGAGAAGUUAAGACGCGAAUGGAAAUUCCGACACCCAAACAGAGCGAUCUUCGCAAAUCGAAAUGCAUCACAUGCAGCUUACCACCAAAAACAGAUAUGGUUAUGAUCAGAUGUUCGAAAUGUCAUUUGACCGUGCACGCCGAUUGCGCGGAAAUGAGUGAAGGGAUGUCGUCGGUUGUACUCACUUAUCCAUGGCAUUGUAUGGAAUGCAAGUUGUGCACCGUUUGCGAUAAACCGGAUGAUGAGGAAUCGUUGAUGUUUUGUGAUCGAUGCGAUCGUGGAUAUCAUACGUAUUGUGUUGGCCUCGAAGAGCCACCUAAUGGUAGUUGGAUCUGCUCGCGUUUCUGUGAGGCCGAGAAGACUGCCACUCAAACAGGACGCUUACGCCGAAAAACAGUGGAAAAUAAG